AGUCAGCUUGAAAAGGAGGUUCAAGCUCAGGGCGGAGUCUCCAUGGAGGUGUGGAGCCUUGUCACCAACCUCUAACUGCAGAACUGGGAUGUGGAGCUGGAAGUGCCUCCUCUUCUGGGCUGUGCUGGUCACAGCCACACUCUGCACUGCCAGGCCAGCCCCGACCUUGCCUGAACAAGCCCAGCCCUGGGGAGCCCCUGUGGAAGUGGAGUCCUUCCUGGUCCACCCUGGUGACCUGCUGCAGCUCCGCUGUCGGCUGCGGGACGAUGUCCAGAGCAUCAACUGGCUGCGGGACGGGGUACAGCUGGUGGAAAGCAACCGUACCCGCAUCACAGGGGAGGAGGUGGAGGUGCGGGAUUCUGUGCCCGCUGACUCCGGCCUCUACGCUUGCGUGACCAGCAGCCCCUCGGGCAGCGACACCACCUACUUCUCCGUCAAUGUCUCAGAUGCUCUCCCCUCCUCGGAGGACGACGAUGACGAUGAUGACUCCUCUUCAGAGGAGAAAGAGACAGAUAACACCAAACCAAACCGUAUGCCCGUGGCUCCGUACUGGACGUCUCCAGAAAAGAUGGAAAAGAAACUGCACGCAGUACCAGCUGCCAAAACAGUAAAGUUCAAAUGCCCUUCCAGUGGGACUCCUAACCCCACACUGCGCUGGUUGAAAAAUGGCAAAGAAUUCAAACCUGACCACAGGAUUGGAGGCUACAAGGUCCGUUAUGCCACCUGGAGCAUCAUCAUGGACUCCGUGGUGCCUUCCGAUAAGGGCAACUACACCUGCAUUGUGGAAAACGAGUAUGGCAGCAUUAACCACACCUACCAGCUUGACGUUGUGGAGCGGUCCCCUCACCGGCCCAUCCUGCAGGCAGGGUUGCCUGCCAACAAGACCGUGGCCCUGGGCAGCAAUGUGGAGUUCAUGUGUAAGGUGUACAGUGACCCACAGCCCCACAUCCAGUGGCUAAAGCACAUCGAGGUGAAUGGGAGUAAGAUUGGUCCGGACAACCUGCCUUAUGUCCAGAUCUUGAAGACUGCCGGAGUUAAUACCACCGACAAAGAGAUGGAAGUGCUUCACUUAAGGAAUGUCUCCUUUGAGGACGCGGGGGAGUAUACGUGCUUGGCGGGUAACUCUAUCGGACUCUCCCAUCACUCUGCAUGGUUGACCGUUCUGGAAGCCCUGGAAGAGAGACCCGCAGUGAUGACCUCGCCCCUGUACCUGGAGAUCAUCAUCUACUGCACAGGGGCCUUCCUCAUCUCCUGCAUGGUGGGGUCUGUCAUCAUCUACAAGAUGAAGAGUGGCACCAAGAAGAGCGACUUCCAUAGCCAGAUGGCCGUGCAUAAGCUGGCCAAGAGCAUUCCUCUGCGCAGACAGGUAACAGUGUCGGCUGACUCCAGCGCAUCCAUGAACUCGGGGGUUCUGCUCGUGCGGCCCUCACGCCUCUCCUCCAGCGGAACCCCCAUGCUGGCUGGGGUCUCUGAGUAUGAGCUUCCCGAAGACCCUCGCUGGGAGCUGCCUCGAGACAGACUGGUUCUAGGCAAACCCCUGGGAGAGGGCUGCUUUGGGCAGGUGGUGUUGGCAGAAGCCAUUGGCCUGGACAAGGACAAACCCAACCGUGUGACCAAAGUGGCUGUGAAGAUGUUGAAGUCGGAUGCAACAGAGAAAGACCUGUCUGACCUGAUCUCAGAAAUGGAGAUGAUGAAGAUGAUUGGGAAGCACAAGAACAUCAUCAACCUGCUGGGGGCCUGCACACAGGAUGGUCCUUUGUACGUCAUCGUGGAGUAUGCCUCCAAGGGCAACCUCCGCGAGUACCUGCAGGCCCGGAGGCCUCCUGGGCUGGAAUACUGUUACAACCCCAGCCACAACCCCGAGGAGCAGCUCUCCUCCAAGGACCUGGUAUCCUGCGCCUACCAGGUGGCCCGAGGCAUGGAGUAUCUCGCCUCCAAGAAGUGCAUACACCGAGACCUGGCUGCCAGGAAUGUCCUGGUGACGGAGGACAAUGUGAUGAAGAUCGCGGACUUUGGCCUCGCUCGGGACAUUCACCACAUCGACUACUAUAAAAAGACAACCAAUGGCCGACUGCCUGUGAAGUGGAUGGCACCCGAGGCAUUGUUUGACCGGAUCUACACCCACCAGAGUGAUGUGUGGUCUUUUGGGGUGCUCCUGUGGGAAAUCUUCACUCUGGGAGGCUCCCCAUAUCCUGGCGUGCCUGUGGAGGAGCUGUUCAAGCUGCUGAAGGAGGGUCAUCGUAUGGACAAGCCCAGCAACUGCACCAACGAGCUGUACAUGAUGAUGCGGGAUUGUUGGCACGCAGUACCCUCUCAGAGGCCUACCUUCAAGCAGCUGGUAGAAGACCUGGACCGCAUUGUGGCCUUGACCUCCAACCAGGAGUAUCUGGACCUGUCAAUGCCCCUGGACCAAUACUCUCCCAGCUUUCCCGACACCCGAAGCUCUACCUGCUCCUCGGGGGAAGAUUCUGUCUUCUCUCAUGAGCCGUUGCCUGAGGAGCCCUGUCUGCCCCGACACCCAGCCCAGCUUGCCAAUGGUGGACUCAAACGACGCUGACUAGCACCCCAGCGCUGCCCUCCCCAAACUCCAUCAUCAGCUGUAACUCACCCAUCAUUCCCCACAGGACUCACUGCCUCCCCUUUGUCCCUGCCCUGCUGGCGGGAGCCAGCUGCCUACCUGAGGCCUUCACCCCACUGAGUUCGCCUCUCUUCCUCCUCCUCCUCUCAACCUGCUUAUGAGAGAGAGGAGUAGGGAGGCUGGUACUUGCUGAUGGCCACUCCGUUCCCUCCCCAAUGGUGGACCAAGACCCCUCCCCGCCACCUGGCACUGCCUGGAGGGGUGGGAGUGGGAGGUAAGCGUGCUGAGCAGGCAGGCUGGCGAGAGCUGACGGAGCUUUCUCGUGUUGGUUUUGUCUGCUUCACCGCCACCCAUAAGCCCUUGUGUUCCGGUAGCAGGUGCCUCGUCCUCAAGGCUACAGUAGUAGGGAGGGGAAGUCUCUGCUUCGGGCCUCAGUUGAAGGCAACCUCUGCUCCAGAGAGAUGGUGCCAUUGGCUUAUUAAUUCUGAUACUAAUUUGCUUUGCUGACCAAAUACUUGGUACCAGAGGACAGGGAGGCGAAGGCUGGGAGCAGUGCCGUGGCCCUGGGGCCCAGCCCCAACUGGGGGCUUUGUACAUAGCUAUGAAGAAAACACAAAGUGUAUAAAUCUGAGUAUAUAUUUACAUGUCUUUUUAAAAGGGUUGUUACCAGAGAUUUACCCACUGGGUAAGAUGCUCCUGGUGGCUGGGAGACAUCAGUUGCUAUAUAUUAAAAACAAAGAAAAAAGAAAAAAAAAAGGAAAAUGUUUUUUAAAAGGUCAUAUAUUUUUUGCUACUUUUGCUGUUUUAUUUUUUUAAAUUAUGUUCUAAACCUAUUUUCAGUUUAGGUCCCUCAAAUAAAAAUUGCUGCUGCUUCAUUUUUAUAUGGGCUGUGUGACAAGGGAGAGAAUGUCAACCGAAAAGGAGCAAAAAUGAUGGGCCCUGGUCUGUGUCUGUCCAGAGGGCCCUGCACAUUCCCUGCAGUUUCCUCCUAACCUCUUCCUUUUAGGUCCUGGACUGAAACCUCCGGACAAAACUCCCACCUCUUGGAUGCUUUUGGAAAGGCAGGAAAAGAAGACAUCUGUGUAGUGAGCGGGAACCUCCUGUCAGUGCACCAGAGGUGCCUGGGCCAAAGCCAAGACCCCUCCCCCCUGCAGCCCUCAACCACAAAUUGUUUCCUCAGGGGAAACUGGUGGGGUCGGGCAGGUCAGAGGGUCAGAGAGGGAGCUGGGAGUCUCUCUCAGAGUAGCCAAGGCGUAGAACUAAAGAGGUGGAGGAAAGCUAAGGAUGAUUCCGACAGGGGCGUGCAGAAACUCAGACCCAGAUUUGCAUCUGCGCCCUCUGUGUGCGUGUGGUUUUGCCUGUGCUGCUGUGGAAGGAGAAGCUUGUCACCUAGGACGAGGUCUACAUUAAAGUCCCUUGCUUCAUA